UUUUUUUUUUAAUCGUAGAAACAACGGGAAAAUGCCAACAAGCUUCGUUCAUUUUAUCAAGGAAAAUGGUGCAAACAACAACGACGAUCGCAACCAAGAAUGAAGCAACGAGGUCUAAACCAUGUUAUGAAGUACCACCGGGAUAGGAUACAAUAUCACCACUCUGCGGCUACUUCUACCAUCAACAACAAUGUCGAUCUCAAGUUUUUCUAUGGCGCUGCCGGUCGUGGAACAGGUUCAAGGAUCAAAGGCUUCCUACGACGUAGUCAUAUCGAUGUUAUCGCCACUAUUGAACAGCAAUCAAAGGUAUUCAUCACUGACGAAUAUCGAACAACGAAGCUGUGUUGUCUUUGUCAUCACGUUGUGAACCAUCCUCGCAAGCAAUCUGGCAAGCUUAACCUUGGAACAGUCAUAUGUGUGAAUCCUGAAUGCAUUGGUAAGAAGUUUGGAUGUAUUGCAAGAUCACGGGAUGCCAAUGCAUCAAUGAACAUGAUUAUGUCUGGACUACAACAAGAGUUAUAUGGUUCUAUGCCGUCUCCGUUCCACCGCUCCUUUUCCUCCUCCUGAAUAUGAAUGAACAACUGCAUCUUGGGCUACCUCUUCUGGAACAAUAUUUUGUGAUUAUACGACAACUUCUCUUUUUUGUAACAUAUCCCAUCCUGGAAUGGUUGAGGAUAUGUUCACUGUGCCUUGUGCCAGUUGG